AUGCCAGCAAAAGUCGACUCGGAAAGAGGCCAAGAAACAGCAGUUAGCUGCUUUGAGAAGAAUGAGUGCUCAUGGCAUGAAUAUGGUGUUGUACUUCGUAGUUCCAGACGACGCCUGAUGACAACGGUUUCCAACUCGCAAUACUUACGAGAUCAGAAUUCUGCUGAUCCACCGGACGAGAGGUUGGCUGACACUUCCAGUACUCCCUAUAAAGGAUAUCUAUCUAUCAAACUAUUGGUG